AACUAUAGUUGGCUCUCUUCGAGACCGUAUGCAGCCCAAACCCAGCGCCGCAUGGCAGGAUCGUAUCCCUGGUUUUCGAACGCUGCUGGUUAUUUCUGCUGUCCUUCGCGUUGUGCUCAUACUGUACAGCGAAUGGCACGAUGCACACUCGAUAGUGAAGUAUACCGACAUCGACUAUCGUGUUUUCAGCGACGCUGCCCGAUUCAUUCUUUACCCAAAUCUGCAGGAUAAUAUCGCAAAGGGGCCACUCGCAUCUCCCUCUUUUGCUGUCGGCGAUCCGUACACUCGGGAGACCUAUCGCUAUACUCCACUGCUGGCUGUCCUUCUCCUUCCCAAUGAGUGGCUGCACCCGUCGUUCGGAAAGUACUUGUUUACCGCAUGCGAUCUAAUAAAUGGCGCCCUCAUAUAUAAAAUCCUGAUGUCGCACACCCUUCCCAGUACCAAAUCAUCACCAGAUGUCGCCGGAAAGAACUUGGAACACUCCAUGCGUAUACAUGCAACACUCCUUGCCGCAACCCACCUUCUGAACCCUCUUGUAUUUACCAUCUCAACGCGUGGUUCUUCUGAAGCGAUCCUCUGUACUUUUGUCCUCUUGACAUUACUCUACGCACUUGAGGGACGACAGAAUGCCACCGCCGUGAUGCUGGGGAUCAGUGCUCACUGGAAAAUCUACCCGAUCAUAUAUGGGGUUAGCUGUAUCUCUGUGAUUACCUCACAGCGUGUCAAUGGCAAAGGGUGGGAUUUCGCGUAUCUGCGUUCUCUGGUUGGAAGACAGGCACUUUGUUUCGCCCUGCUCAGCGCAGGGACGUUUGUGAUUCUGGGAGCUACAUGCUACGCUAUUUGGGGAUACCCCUUCCUAUACGAAGCAUAUUUAUACCACACAGACCGGCGAGAUCACCGACAUAACUUUUCUCCUUACUUCUACCUCAUCUACCUCACAUACCCAAUUUCUGGAGGUACCUCAGCCGACUUAUCAAUCUGGCGUCAACUGCUCCGCUCGCCGUUUACAAGUCUUAUACCGCAGUUGACGUUGUCUCUCGGGACCGGCCUCGUCCUCGGCCGACUCUCAGCCGACCUUCCGUUCGUGUGGUUCGUACAGACAUUCACGUUCGUGCUCUUUAACCGAGUGUGCACAUCCCAAUACUUCAUUUGGUAUACCCUCUUCAUACCCCUACUUGUACCUCGCAUCAACCUCUCAUGGAAAACGUGGACGAUGUGUGGAGUGGUCUGGAUGGGCACGCAAGCACUGUGGCUUGCAGAGGCAUACAAAUUGGAGUUCCUCGGCGAUGAUGUGUUCUUUGAGCUUUGGGUCAGGAGUUUGAUUUAUGUUGCUGGCCAUGCAUGGGUACUUGGGGUCAUCAUGAGUGGAUAUACUUUCGUAUGUAACCAGCACACUCAGACGCCUGCGUGGCGCCUCAAAACAGAGUAAUCGAUGGUGCAUAGUUAGGAAAUCACCUACGUUCACAACGGCCUCAACCGGAACACCCACUUAUCGUCGUUAAGAUCCGGUGUGGGCUUUUGAUUGUACACGAGUCUGGGAGUCUUCACGGCGUACGAAUCAGUACUUCAUUCUUGCCAACUUACUGCUCUGGCCAUGGCUGCGUAUUUCAUCUGUAACCUAAAUGCCGAAGUCUAGCCACGGACCAAUACUUGAUCUCUGACAAGCUCCUCUCAAGAUGUGCU